UUAGAAUAUACCCUCUGGUUGGUCCGAAGGGGAAAAGGCUAUGGUUGCAUCACAGGCCUGGCAGCGUCAAGUCGCUGCGUCCCCCGUACUUCCAGCAUUAUUAUUCCAACGGCCAAGUGUCGAUGGGCUAGAAUGCCACGUGCUUCCAUUGAUCACCCUCUGAAUUAUCACCGCCGGACCACAACACAUGCAGCUUGUCAACAGUCGGAACUCGGAAAUUUCUUGGUCGUGGCUUUCAACAAGCAAACCCCUCGACAUUUAGUGGGGCUGUGGCUUUCAUUGGUCUAAAGUUGCAGUUUGCUUCCUCGAUUUUAGCAGAGUUCCGAGUGUGAAGAGACAGACAGCUAGAAAUAUUUAAAGACGGAUAAACCAAGAAAAGACUUCCCUUGUUCUUUCCGACUGCCAAGUGAAAUGCAAUGGUUGCAGAAUCAGCAGCUCCAGAGUUUGUGGAGCGCAGGCAUUCGUUUGAAGGGGGCGUAAGGUAAGCCCUGGAUGGCUCAGCGUUGGCGUGCGCAGGUGUGGAUCAUCCGCGCUUGCACCAGCAUUGUGGUCUUGACCUGCAUUGUGCAAUUUCACACAUUGUUGCAAAUCUGGGCCCCCAAUCUGCUUAGCCGCUGGCCGCCUUGCUUCGCUCCGCCGGAUUCCUCUUCUUCUCCCGAUUUCGACUCUGCAAUUCAAGAAAUCGCUGCCAAAUUCACUCUUCCUCCUAAAAAAGUGUAUAAAAAUAAUGGAUACCUAAUGAUUUCUUGCAAUGGAGGUCUAAAUCAAAUGCGAGCUGCGAUAUGUGACAUGGUAACAAUUGCUAGAGUUCUCAAUGUCACUCUGAUUGUUCCUCAGCUGGAUAAGGGUUCAUUUUGGGCAGACCCCAGUGAAUUCUCAGACAUAUUUGAUGUGAAUCACUUUAUUUCAUCGCUGAGAGAUGAGGUCCGCAUACUCAAAGAGCUUCCUUCAAAGCUAAAGCCAAAGGCAGAACAAGGGUCAAUCUUUUCAAUGCAUCCAGUCAGCUGGUCAAACAUGUCUUAUUACCUUCAUCAGAUACUUCCUCUGAUAAAAAGGCACAAAGUUCUGCAUUUGACUAAAACAGAUGCACGCUUGGCAAAUAAUGGUAUGCCAGUUGACAUUCAAAAGCUACGUUGCCAAGUAAAUUACAAUGCCAUUCAUUUUGCUUCACAAAUUGAGGAAUUGGCCCAUAAGAUUGUGAAAAUAUUGCAAAGGAAUGGUCCUUUCUUGGUGCUUCAUCUUCGUUAUGAAAUGGACAUGUUGGCAUUUUCUGGUUGUACCCUCGGCUGCACCAAUGAAGAAGUGGAAGAACUCACCAGACUGAGGAAUGCUUAUCCAUGGUGGAAGGAGAAAAUCAUAAAUGCUGAAAUAAAAAGGAAGGAUGGAUCAUGUCCAUUGACUCCAGAGGAGACUGCAUUAGUUUUGAAGGCUUUUGAUUUUGUUAGUGAUAUCCAGAUAUACAUUGCUGCUGGAGAAAUCUAUGGAGAAGAAAGAAGGAUGUCUGCCCUCUAUUCAGCUUAUCCAUACAUUGUUAGGAAGGAAACCCUUCUGAAUCCUCUAGAUUUAAGGCCAUUUGAAAAUUAUUCAUCUCAAAUGGCAGCGUUGGAUUACUUGGUGGCUUUGGCUAGUGAUGUAUUUAUUCCAACAUAAGACGGAAACAUGGCAAAACUUGUGGAAGGGCAUCGGAGGUUCCUGGGCUUUCGUCAAACAAUUUUGCUGGAUCGGACACGCCUGGUUGAACUUAUAGACCAAUAUAAUAAUGGUUCUUUGAUCUGGGAAGAUUUUUCCCUUGCUGUUAAGAAUGUACAUUCAAAUCGGAUGGGAGCACCAAGAAGUAGAUUAGUAGUACCCGAUAAACCCAAAGAUGAAGAUUACUUUUACUCCAACCCAAAAGAAUGCUUGGCAUCAGAAUUUAAUGGAAGUCUAAGUUCUGCUUAAAUUGUUAUAUAUUUGUUGAUGGAGUGAGGAUUCUGUAAUAACUUUGGAUUGGUGAAUCAUCAGAUUGAAGAUGCUAAGUUAUCUUCAGUUUUGCAAGGAGCCAGUUUAUCUAGUUUCAGAUAUUUUACAUACAAAGUAUCAUUGCAACAAAGCAUGGCAUAUUUAUUAUUCUUUAUUGAGCAGUGGGCGAUAUGGCCUCGCUUGCAUAUCAGUCAAUUGAUCAUGUAUUGUAUAGCUCAACAUCCAAGGAAAUUGGAGUUCCAUAAAUCAUAUUUUUGAGCAUCUUAUCUUUGUCAAGAUGCGAAUCCUAUAAACAACUAGCAUACCCUCUACAUUGAAUCUA